AAUGCAAUAUGUGCCCGUAAGAUGAAGUCACAAACAUUGCAACUGUAGUCGACUCCCACUCGCCGGGCAGCACAGACGGGGCAUUAUGUGGACGAGUACCAGCUGGUACCACAGGCUCCUCAUCCUCCUCCGGGACUUCAUUUGUUGCUGCCUCUGAAAUCAGGACAUGGAACUGAAAUCGAAGAGCAAACCUGUUCUCCUCGGAUGCAUUGUCGCCGUCUGCUUUUGUACACUUUGUCCUGCUGAAAGACUUUGCACGGUUCCUCCGGGCCCCGUCACGGUCCCAGAAAACAACACGGCUGACGUCCAGGUGGUGAAAAUCAGCUCCAGCGACGAUGUAACACUUACAGUCACUGUGAACCCUGAAGAUCUGUUCUACCUAAAAGGGGACGAGCUGAUGGUGAAGAAAGGACUCGACUAUGAGUCACUUUCCAGUGCAACUCUGGUGGUGUGGGUGCAGUGCAGCAGAGCUGGCUCCAGAUCUGUGAACGAGUCUGUUGAAGUUUUGGUUGAAAAUGUGAACGAUAACCCACCAAACUUUGCCCAAAACCACUUUGUGCUGGAAGUAAAUGAGCUCGCUCCAGUGAACUCCACAGUUGGGCUGAUAGAAGCAACAGACGUCGAUUCAGAGCCGCUCUACUAUCGAUUAGAGUCUGCAACAGAUAAAUAUUUCCGCCUAGAAAACAUCAACACUCCAAAGAUAAUUGUUAAAAGCAUCCUGGACUACGACGUUGUACAGAAGAUCUCUCUGGUUUUACAUGUGCAGGACACGUUCAACGGUUCGGCCUCCAACGAGCCCUUCUUCACAUCUGUGGCCUCCAUCACGGUGAAUGUGAAGGACGUUGACAACCGGCCCCCUUGGUUCCAGCCUUGUUUGAGAACCAACUUAGGAAUCGCCAAACUGUGUGUGAGCACCGGCUACAAAGGCAGAGUCAAUCUCACCGAGAAGGAGGAAGGGCCGCUGGUGCUGGAACCUGGUCCGGUGUUCGCCAAGGACGGAGACAAGAACAGGAGCGAGCAGAUAAGCUACAGAAUACUCCGAGGAAAUGAGGGAAAUAUUUUCCAGAUCGAUGAGGAAACAGGAAACAUCACCAUGGCUAAAGCUGCGGAUAUCGUCGGCCCAAUAACUCUCACGGUUCUGGCGUCACAGGUGACCAACAGGGAUCAGUUCGCAGUGACGCAGGUGACCAUCGAGGUGAUGAAGAAGAGCAGAAACCCUCCUCGCUUUGAGAAGGAGCGAUACGAAGGAUUCAUCUACAGUAACUCCGUCCCCGAGAGCAUGAUCCUCCGAGACCGGAGCACCAACCGGCCCUUCAGGGUCCGAGCUCGGGACGAGGACUUUGCCGCUGGUUUGAAUCCAGAUGUGAAGUAUGAGGUUCAGUACAGCAGCUACGUCAACGUGACCUCAGAUGGUUUUGUGAUCCUGAAGAGAGUUGUGAAGACGGAGUCCUUCGCGCUUCAGCUCAGAGCCGUGGACACAACAACAGGGGAGUUUGGAACAGCCGCCCUCUCUGUUCAGGUCAUACCUGCGGUGGCCAUCCCAUCUCCCUCUAACAUCGGCUACCGCCCUGGCGACAUGGCGCUCCUGGGUCUGGUUAUGGCGGCUCUGCUGGUCCUCUGCCUCAUUGUGAUUGGCUUCUUGAUUUCCCGCUUGUGGAAGGGAAAUGCCAGCAUGGACAAAAUAUGUGAGUGCCUGGGCCCCUGCCUGAAGUCCGACCAGCCCCGGUCCGGCCACCGGGACUCCCUGCAGUACACCAACGACGGCUUCCAGAAUGAGGGCGACCCGAGCCGCGGGGGUGCCAGGCGCUGGAACAACGUCCUCCCCAGACGGAGCACUUUCCCCCAGGCACGAGGCCGGGUCAUCCCCAUGGAGAGACGGAACCGCCACUGCUCCUCCUGUGGCGUCUUCACCAACCACGUCCCCAAGGGGAGCCCCUCAGCCAGGCUGUCCAGGAGGGGCAGAGGAGACGGGGACGAGUACAGCGCGAGGUCGAUCCUGGCCAAGCAGAGGAGGAAGGAGGGCCAGAAGACGGUGUGGUUCAAGGAGAGCGAGGACUCCUCUGACAUCGAGGUGGAGAUUAUCCCAGACACUGUGGGCCGGGUGGAGGAGGAGACUGAGGAGGAGCUGGAGGGGGAGGUGGAGAUGGAGGGGGUUGUCAGAGACCCAGCAGCCCCACUGAGAGAGUCUGAUGGCGGGCAGGAGAGCCAGGGCACGGAGCCCAGCGAGGGGGAGGACCACGGAAAGGAAAGCAAGGAGCAGGAGGGCUGA